GACCGCGCCAAGUCCCUCUUGGGACGUUUACGAUGCCAGGACACGGGCAGCCGAGUCUUGCUGUGGCAAGUGCAGGAUCACUGGGACCCGCAAGGUUUGUCAGAUCGCCGGGCCUGUUUAGCCAUCAUCCUGGCGGAAGCCCUGCUCUUAGAUCGCGCGCUGGUCCUUCCUCGCUUCACGCUCUCAGCGCAACACAAUCGUGGCGCCGGAGCAGUAGUGUCGGAUUUGCAGAAGUACAUCUCCCUGGCCUCCAUCCCCGUGCCCCUCCUGACGCGAACCGACGACGUUUCCGACGCCGACCUCGACGAGGCUGUGGAGGUCCUUGGGGCAGCGGAUCCGCGGCGCUGGCGGCGCUGCCCCAAGCGGCUGAUGGUCAGAUGGGCUGCGGGCCGGGGCUUCUGGAAGUCCGAAGUCCAUGCUUCGGUGCUGACGUUGGCGGCGGAGUUGCAUGGCACUGGCAUGGCAUGUACUUCUGGACUCUUCGGUCCGUCCUUUCUGGUCUCUUCCGUGGCUUCUGCAGCCAUCGGACGCCUGGGCAGCUACGUGGGCCUCCACGUGCGUCGCGGCGACAAGUUGCGGAUGAUGCCGGGCCUGGAAGAAGCGACGUCUCCGGAGAAUGUCUUGAGUUUCCUGCGCAAGGUGGCACCCGAUCACUUGCGGAACGUUUAUUUAGCAACAGAUGAGGCAGACACCAGUGGCUACCACAAGGCCUUGAAUUCUGCCGGCUUCGCUUGCCACGGCCGGCAGUGGUUGCAGUCACUGGUGACACCAGAGCAGGGUGAAGACCUGGCGCGCGACAACUUCCUGUGCUUUGCGGUUGAGAUGAAUAUCGUGGACGACGCCACCUUGUGCGUGCGAAGUUUCAACGAUGCCAUGCCUUGGUUCACGCGAUGUGAGCGCGGCAGUGCCAAAGUCAGCACAGCCAGCUACCAUCUGUUGGAUCGCAGCAUGCAUGACUACAUUUUGGGCAGCAGUUCCCUGGGAACCGUGUGUUCCCCCGAACCUUGCAGUCCCAUUGACCUAUGGAGGAUGGAUGCGGAUGCCUUAUAUGAAGCCAUCAUGUCCGGUGAGCUGCCUCGCUUGCCUUGUUCGCCACUGCUAUCUGAAGCCAAUGAUUCUCCACCUACAAUCCUGGCCUUUGAGAAUCGUGGCCCUUCGCACUGUUCCUUCACCUCCCAGUGGCCCAUGCGCCUGUCGCCCGAAACGGCGGAGUUCGAGGCGGAGCUGGAGAUCCUGGGGCCCCUGGGGCCCGUGACCAGUGCGGCAGGCGUGAUGACUUGGACGACUUACUUUGGUCCACUGGCCUCCUUUGAAGAUGAAGUUGGAGGCUUGCUGCGGCGCUCCACGCUCUACGGCUUCGAAACUCUGUCGAAACGCGGCGAUCCGCACCCCGCAGCGGAGAUCCCUCGCGGCACCGGCGCGGUCUUCGUCUACGUGUCGCUGGGGCGGGUGAUGCUGGUGGAUCAGCAUGGAACGAUGGAGCUGAGAGCUGGGCAUUAUGGCGUCACCAAAGCGCCAGUAUCAUUUCAGCUGGCUGAUGCCACACGCAUGGUAGCGAUUCACUCCGAACCCUUCACACCCUUGCGCAGCUUCGGCGGCCCCAUCGAAGCCAAAGGCCGGCUGCGUUACGUGGAUGGCUGCUCAGACACCCUCCUGUUGCCACCUCCCAAGCUCGCGGACCCCUGCUUGAACCUGCUACACUUUCCACCUGGGAUCCGACAAACCGCCCACACGCAUCCCUCAGUGCGAUGUGGUUUGGUCGCCAGUGGUGAAGGCUACUGCCUGGACGGUGGCAGUCGUCAGCUCCAGCUGCAGCCGGGCACCGUGUGGGUCAUCCCCAAGGGCGUCCAGCACUCGUUCCACACGACCUGGAAGGAGUUGAAGGUCAUCGCCUACCAUCCUGAAACUGAUUGGGGUCCCAUGGAUGAGAACCAUCCAAUGCUGAACCGCACCCUGGUGGAUGGCAGCAAGAUCGACAACCGUCUGGCCGCACACAUGCGCGCGGAUGUGCUGCAAACGGAGCAGUCCUUCAUCGAGAAGUGGCAACAUCGGCAGAUGGAAGGCACUUUCGGCCUUGCCAUUGUCCAGCCCCAGAGCCAGUUGGAGGUCUUGACGGUGGAUGCUGGGCCUGGGAAAUACCUGGUGAAGUACACCAGAAACGGCUCACCCGUCCUCUCCGUGCACCCGCUAGAAAAAAAAAAUCACAGCGAGCCCUGCAGUUUGAAGUCUCAAGCCCCAUGCUGGAGGGUUGGACAUGGCUUUGGAUUUGUUUCAAUUUGCUAG